GGGUGAGUAAAUACAUCUUCUACUUAGUUGCAGUAGCAAUAAUAUUCAGUGCCGAAUAAAAAACAUAUUAAUCUCAUACAUUUAUAUACUUCUAAAUCUCAAACAUCUUAGCCAAGACAUUAGCAAGUGUUGUUUGAGUAUCUCCUCAUCUCGCUUUUAAUCGUCGCAAAUAUGAAACAUUUGGAUGCAAAUUCCAACCUUACAUUAGCCGAAAAAUACAGCAUGCAGAGAAAAUUAAAUUUGAAACAUUUCCGCGACAUCGAUAUGAAAAAUAAAUUUUAGUUUAGUAUAGCCAAUAUACACGAAUUUUCACAUCUGGUAGAUUCUAUGACGUAUUAAGUGUUUUAGAUGAGCGAAAUUAAGCAAUAUUUGAAGCAUCCUAUAUUGGUAAAUCCGACCAGCUGGAUAAAGAGUCGUCCAAUAGAGCAUGCCUCCAAGUUGUACUUCAAAGAUUUUUACAAACCUGAACUUCUAGAAAACAAUCCAUAUGCGAAGGGACUUGUGGAUACUAAGGCCGAUGGUAUGACGAAUAGGUAUCCUAUAGGUUCCCUAAUUCGGUUGACAGCUUCUAUGACUGCUGGACAGGAUAAUACGUAUCAAGUAUUUCCAAUUUUCAAAAAUGCAAUUACUUCAGAUAAGUAUUAUUUCACAUCCCAUUACAUGACCAAUGACGAAUUCUAUAUUAAGACUAUAGUAGUAGAUCAAGGAUACAGAAAUGCUCCCAAAUUCCUUCCAAGGAAGAUUUCAAGCCGGCAUCAGGGACUGUUUAACAGUGAAUUCGUUCCAAAUUUCAUUGAAUUGUUAGAGAAGAAUUAUGAAGAUGGUAUUGAUGAAAUGCUUAAUAACAUUGAAGAUACAAACACGACUAAUUUUGGUAUUGAUGAACCUAAAAUGAUUUUGAGAAAAGAAGGUCCAUUAGUUAAUAUUGAAGAUGUGCUGACAAUUAUUAAUAUAACUAAAUUAUGUGAUAAGUUUACAUCUACAAGUGAUGAGAUAGUACUAUCUUAUGUUUCUCAUUCUGAACUAUGUGAAUUGAUACUUCGGUACUUAACUUUCAAGUUUGAACUGAGAGAAACAAAAAGUUCCCUUUAAUGUUUACGACUAUACGACCC